AUGGCGGGGACGUGUUGGCAUAUGGAGGAAAUAGAGAGGACUUUACGUGAUUCUCUCACUCCUUUGGGUUUUGAGGUUUACCCCUUCAAGAUAGGUUGGUACAAUGCAGUGCUCUCCCCUUCAUUCCACCUUCCGUACCCCGAGGACACGCUUGCGGCGGUGGUGUUGAGCACCCCAUCGAUGUUUGAACGAGCCUUCAUACCGUUCCUAGAAAGCCACAGCUGCGAGGGAGUCACUGAUCCCAUUGACCAGUGUAUCAGACACAGUAUCUCCACCUGCGUCACCCAGAAUUUUCCAGGUAAAGAGGUGAACAUCAGCUAUGACUACGAGAUGCUUCCCAACCGCAAGCCCAAAUUCCUGGCACAGACCGCGGCACAUGUUGCUGGGGCAGCGUACUACUACCAACGGACAGAUGUCAUGGAUGAUCCUUGGGGAGAGAAGAAGAUGUUUGGAGUGUGCAUCCACCCCAAGCUGGGCGGAUGGUUCGCCAUAAGAGCUUUGCUGGUCUUCCCAGGUGUGGAGGUUGGCUCAGAGCUGCAGCAGAGACCUCCUCCUGACUGUGUCCCCUCCCAGGAGUCCAGAGUAGAGCUCCUGGAGAGGUUCAACUUCCGCUGGCAGGACUGGACUUACAGAGACAUUGUCCCCACAGCCGAGUGCUACUCCCAGGAGCAGAAGAUGUACUUCUCCACACCCCCAGGCCAGCGGGCUGCUCUACUCAGACAGUGGGGGUUUCUACCAGGGGGGGACACACAAGCGCAGAACCAAGGAGGGGACAUUGUGGGGUAAUUUUUUUUUUUUUGGGAGAUCAGCUACAUGUAGAAUCAUCUUGAAAAUUCAAGAAAAAACACUUUCUA